CACACACACACACACUCCUUGAGGAACUAUUUAAGAGCUUGCAAACAAGCAUUGUCGUUAUUCGAAUUCAAUAUACUCCAAUGAGUAGUUCGCCGAACGUGUGAAAUCCACCACCACCACCACCAGUGUAUGUGCAGUGCAGUGAAAAUAAAUAACAUGGAUUUGACAAAAAUUAACGAAACAUCAACACUUGCAGGCUUGAAGCCAGCAGUGAAGUUGCGGGAGCUACCUAUCAACGUGCCUCAUCUUAUACUGGGUGCUAAGAUAACAAAGGGGAAAUUCGGGGAGUCAGUGCUGCUAGAGUUGGAGAAAAACGUAGUGUUUCUGCCAGGCCGGGUGACGGAAGCAUUCAAGACCCAAAUCGACAAAUUUGAAGCAGCCAAGUACACCGUUACGUUUACUGGACUAGAAGAGGGAAAUUUCCAUCUAGCAACAAAAUCUUUAAUUAAGGAAGUUUAAUUUGUGUAUCAUAAAUGGAGUCGGUAUCAAACGUAUCUUUCAAAAAGCUUUCAAACAACUUCAAAAUAACAGUAGUGAUGACGAUAAACGAAAAUGGAUUAAGAGUGCUAACAGCCAAAUUAGGAUUUUGAAUAAAUCCAUUAGAAAAAAAGAAUGGAAUCAUGGUAUUUUGGUUAAGUUCCAGAGCGAUCUUUGUUAUUUUGAACAUUUUAGAAAUCAUCUCAAAAGCUUGCUAGGGCCUCAUUGUGGGCGAAGUAUUUCUAAAAAACGUAGCGAUAGACUAAAAUGGGAGGAUGUUCAGUCGGCAUUUUCCAGUAGAGUUCGUACUGGAGUCAUUAAUUUGAAACA